AUGACACAUCUCUCUUGGUCUCCUUCAGUACCUAUACACUUUGAACUUUCCAUCGAGGUAAGAACGAAAGACUCACAUACCCCUUCAUACUCACAACCAAACCACUUGAUCUUUCAACUCUCCACAAAAGAAUCUUCACCGCCAGACGAGAUCUCACAGACACAGAGCCCUAACAAACGUCGUCUUGUUACCGAGUACCAGAGUACCAGCAUUUCUGUCAGUCUCGAUUCACAUGAGCUCAAACAUCCACACGGACUGUUCCUCCUCUCCGAAAGAAAAGGACCGUCUCGGUGUGGAAAAUGA